AUGAAUAGAAAGCUGGUAAAUGAUUUCGUUGUUGAUCUUGAGUUGAAAAAUGAACUAAUCUUAAAGAAACAAAUCCGGCAAUCAACAACUAGGAGACUUCAACGACCUUCAUUUUUCCAGGAAUCUCAGAGGAAGAGUUCGCAGGAAGAACCAAUAUCCCCAGCAGUUCUCACUGCCCUUCUAGACCAGAGAAAACAAGGAAAACUGUCAAAUUCAGUUUUAGAAAACUGGGUCUCAAGGUUUGAGAGAGAGUUUGAAGAAUGUCAUUCAAAGCAUUCAUCAGAAUUUAGGAAACAAAUUCAAUCUCUAAAAAAAAUAUCAUCAUUUGCUUUUUUGGGUUUUGCCCACUCACUUUUAAAUCAAUGCUCAUUAAUAUUACUUAAAGUUAUAAAAAAUAUUAAUCGCAUGCAAAGUCUUUCAAACUCAAGCUAUGACUUUAAAUAGUCCAUCAGACACAGCAAUUGUCCAGUAUACUAUAAAAAAAACCUUUCAUUGAAUGAGUGACUUAAUAAGUCAGUAUUAAAAC